UCACCCACCGAUGAGCAAAUCAGGGCUCAGCUGUUCCAUUUCGGCUGCACAGAGGAAAAUAUAGAGGAAGGGGUUCGCAAGUACCACGCGAGACGGGAUGAGCUGAUGGAGCGCGGGGAAAAGCCUAAAGCUUGGGGUCUGAAACCACGGCCAGGCAAGAUGGAUAACCUCCAAGCCAUCGAUCUGCCUGGCUCUGAACCCCUCGUUAUUCGUCUCUUCGAUGGCGACAUGGAGUCGUUCGGCCAAUUCUGCCUCGACUUUUAUAACGUCGAGACUAAGACGGCCGUUAACACGCCCUCGGGAUGGGUCAUCAACGUCACACCUGAGGCCGGGUCGAUGGCGAUGCUUUGUUCAGGUGCGCUGAACAGCUGGGAGCGGAAUCACGGGAUGUCACAGGGGCAAAUUCCCGCUGGUGAGGAACGUUUCAGCAUUGUUGAAGGAGCUGUGUGCCAGCUAGAACGUCCAGGGAUGGACACUUUGUGGUUCGAGAUUCCCAAAAGAACACGGCAGUUACCCCCUGGUGUACACCUUUUGAAGGCGAGACCAUUAUGACAUUAGUUAGACUUACACCAUCACAAUAUUGCGACUCUGACGAGCCAUGCGCUUUUGUUCAGUACGGUAACAUCCCC